UGAAACUAUAAUGGCUGCAAACACAACAGAAGGAAUACAGAAUUUAGAGACAGAAGAGCCCCAUGAAGAGUGUUCAGGGAAAAAGAAGUCAAAAUUUAAGGCCUUCAAAAAAUUUUUUGUAAAAAAGAAGGACAGACGGAAAGAAGUACCUGUUCCCAUCAGGGAGAACAUUUUAAAGCCCAGCCAAUCCAGCAGUGAUGUCAGCGUAACAGGAGCCAGUUCCAGUGCCCUUCAUCCAGCACAAGACCUAGGGACAAAAGGCAAUAUGGGAAACAAGGCCUUAUCACAUGACAGUGUGUUUAUCGCUGAAGCAGAAAAUGCUCCCAAGGAGCUGUCCUCACAUGAAAAUCCCCCUGGGAAAGUAAAGGCUUUACAGCUACAGCUUCAGCAGAACAUCAGGAUGGGGUCCUCUCCUAAGAUCAUUGCUCGCAAGAAAAUGGAAGAUUCUGGUGCACUUUCAGAAGAUGAUGGGUUACCCAGAAGUCCUCCAGAGAUAAUAACUUUACAUGAAAUUUUGGCUCGCCCUUCAGAAAAGUCUUCCAACCCUGCACAGAGACGGAGUUCUUUGAGUUUAGGAGGGACUGACAGUGAGGAUGAUCAGCCAUUCAGUCCACUUCAAUCCAGUGGGGCUCCUCGUUCCAACACACCAGCUGGCUUACUGCUUCCAGUGGACUUUUCAUCUCCUGCCAGCCCUCUGGCCUGCCUGGAUAAUUCAGCAGCAAAGCACAGGAUUGCAGUGAAGCUGAAGAAGCAAAGAGGACCUGCUCUGAAACUGAAGCAAACUGAUGAAGAACAAUAUAAAGCUACGCAAACUUUACAUUUAGUAAGGUCUGAUGAAAAUGUGAACAACGAAGAAGACAAAAGCAAAGAAGAUGUAUUGGUACAGUCCCUUGAACUGGAUGGGACUCCUUUGCAAGUUGAAUCUGAAAUGGAAGAGACAAAGGAAGAAGAAGAAGAGGAGGAUGAAGACGAUUCCCCACAUGUUGUUUCUGUUACUCUGAUUCCUGGAGAUGAGCAAAGUAUUCCUCAAGAUGAAUUAACCUAUCGGGAGACAGACGUUGAUAUCCAUAGCAGUCUGGUACUUUCUGAAGACCAAGCAGAUGAUCACUGUGAAGAAACAGACAGGCAAGAACAGAAUUCUCACUAUUCUGACUCUGAAGACCAUGUAUUUGUGCAGAGUUAUAUCACAGCAGUUUCUGAUAAUUCAGAGAUUUCAAAUAAUACAGAGACCGAGACUUCAAAUUUUAUUGUUGACAAUGACAUAAAAUGUGAUUCAUCAAACAUUUUCCUAGAAAAUGAAGAGUGCACUGAGGUAAUUUCAUUAGUGGAAACCAUUGGUGCUAAAAGUAAAGAUGAUGAACAGGGUGGAGGCUCUGAUCUGGAUAUUUCUUUAUCAAGAACUGAAGACGAAGCACACAUCAGUAUGGGGAGCUCUUUAAUUGUAACAGAGUUGAACUUACCAGCUGCUGACCUGUUGCCUGAUACUUUAGCUACUGAUGCCUGUAACAGUAACAAAGCUGCAGAAACAGAAGAUGAGGCCUCUCUGAGUAUUACAAUGAGUGAAACUCUAGACACUGCAACACAGGACACAGAAACUAUGCUUGAGACUGAAAUAGCCAAAGAGGAAGACAAGUGUAUAACAACUGAUGAAGAUAUGUUCAACCUUAAUGGACAGCACACCGUGCCGGAAGCUGAAAAUUCAGGCCAAAACAUAUUAGAAGAGGACAACAGAAUAAAUCAGCCUUCACCUGAAUGUGAAGAAGAAAAUUUGCCUCUAGACUCAUUAGAAAAAGUGUUGAAGGACAGUAAGCCAAAUUCAAGACAUUCAGAAAGUCCCCAAAAAAGCUCUACAAAGCCAGUUCUGUUCACUGUAGCCCCAGUGUGGCAAAGAUCUCUCUCUGGGGGGUCCAGUGUGAAAGAAAGCAGCUUUUUCAGGAAUGUUAGUGCACACAGCAUUAAGCCAGAGAUGUUUGCUGGAAGUGCAAGCCUCCCAGAUUCAAGCAACUUAGAAGAUUCAAAAAAAGAAAAUGUUCCUAUAAUCAAAUCAAGCGAAGCUGAAUCAACAGUUGCCUUUGGGGUCCGGCUGAGAAGGACAAUAUCCACUUUAAAAUACAAUGAAGAAGAACAAGUUGGUGAAUUAAUAAAACAGAGUUGUUGUUCUUCUGAACCCACAUCACUAGUUAGUCAGGAUAUCCAAGACCCUGCAAAGAAAGCAGAAACACAAUCAGACAUUGUCAAUGUUUCUAAGCCAUCCCAAGCCAGCGAGGACAGAUGGCAACAAAAGACAAAACCUGAAGAGCUUUCACAAAAGCAGAACUAUGAACCAGCCUGGAUCUCAAUGGCAAAACAGAAACAGAAAGGAUUCCAGGAUCAUGUACUUGCCAGAGACCUGAGCACUGGCACAGAAAAGACGAGUGAACUUUUAGUGAAAAGAAAUGUCAUCAAUCUACAAAGCCCAGAGCUGAAGGAGAAUAAUAUGGAGCCUGCCUCUUCUGAUCUUGCAGCUUCUACAGCAGAUGUCCGACUGGAUCUUGAAAAGUCCACUCCACCUAUUGCAUCCCAGACUUCUGAGGAGCCUCCUUGGUUGUCUCUGGCCAAGAAAAAGGCUAAGGCAUGGAGCGAGAUGCCUCAGAUAGUGCAGUAGCAGUUCUCCCAAAGAUGCACACAUGCUUCUUUCAGACCAGCUGUUUCACUGUGAACAAUGGCAGCCAUAUAAAGCCUGCAAUGUCUAUAGCCAAGUACUGAAGCUGCUCUUCAUAUGAUGCUAGACUGUCUUUCUUAUGUUUCUUUUAGGAAACACAACAUGUAACUCAGGGAUGUCUAACUUGCAGCCCUCCUGCUGUUGGGGAACUAAAAUUUCAUACAUCUUUGGCUGUAGUUGAGCAACUGCUGAAAGGCUGCAGGUGGACUAUCCUUGAGGCAAAUGCUCUCACAUGCGAGUAAAAAUAAUACCGAUAUCACAGUAUACUUUGUUUUCAUUUUUAUUGACGUGGACUAUUACAUUUUUUAAGGAGGCGUAUCAAUAAACUAAAAUGAGUAUUUAUAAGAACAUGCAAGAAUUGUAUAGGUGUCAAAAACUCCCAUCAUCCUCAGUAAAUUCACUGCUGAGAAGGUUUGGUUCCUGAAGGCAAGAGGAAUGUGAAUUGUAUAAUCCUGCUAUAGAUAAGUCACUUGAUUGAGCUGUUUAGGUGCUUUGUAGGUUCUCUGCUAGAGAAUGGCUUUUAACUAUUAAAUAUAAAAACACAUUUAUGCUGUAAUGUGCUGGAGACUGCUAGUGAAGGCACCAAAGAAAGGAGCACAGCUGCAAAGUAGAUGUUGAGAUUUUUGUAACUGCAAUUGCCUUUAGGUAGUUUCCCUAUAAAUGUUAUGUUUUCUCUUAUAUAACAACAAUUUGCGGUAAUCAGUUAUACAGGCUUGUUCAAACACACUAGCCAUAAAAGGAGAGAACUCCAGUUGCAUCCAGAAGAGAGGACUAAUGUAUAAUCACUCAGCAGUUAUAAGGAGGUUUUGUGCUUAAAAUCAAAUGGUAUCUUGGAACCUGAUAAAACUUCCUUUCCGGGUAGCAAAUGUGUAGUUAAGAGUGUACAAGAAUCCAUAACAGACAAUAUACAAUUGCAGGGGACAUAAUUUAUUAGUGUGAAUGUCUGUUUUAACAGUACAGUAUAUGAAUUUGUUCCCUAUUAGUUACAGAAAAUAGUUUUUACUGCCUUAUCUGACAAUAUUUGUGCUCUUUCUCCUGGUACUGUAACUUCCUUUUAUUUUGUUGGGUGGAGUGUUAAGCUAGCACCCUUGCCUUGUGUUUGCUGUUAGUACUCUGAAUCCCUCUGGUUCUAUUCGAUUUCUAAACCAGAGAAAGAACAAAUAAUUUUGCUCAAAAUGUAAAUUAGCAGUGCACCUGAGACCAGUUUAAUGUCAAUGGUGCUAUCUGAAUGGGGAGCAACAAGUUUUAUUGUAGAUCCAAUUAAGUCUGUUCUUUUAAGGGAACUUUGUCAGCACAGGAAUUUUGUGUAAUAAAACAGUAUUUUCAUGUAUUCAGCAACUAGUACUGGCCACAUCAACGUUAAAAGAUGUUUUUACAUGUUAAGUUUACCACUUAACCCUCCUUUUCUAGGGAAUCACCAAUGCACAGCACAAGAGGAGAAAGCUCAUGUCUCAUUUUCAGAAUACAGAUUUUAAAGUGCCUGGUACUGAAAAUUUCCAGGGGGAAGGCUCUCAAAAAUGUCCAAGAACCCAAAGGUGCACAGGCAAAGCAGCAUCAAACUAUUAGGUUUCUGAGUCGCUGAUCCGCCUGAGCCAUAGGUCACUUAUUCACAAGAAACUUUCUGGCUGUAGCAUUUCUUAAGAAACGAAAAUUCUGAGAUUAGUUGAGAUCUUCUAGUACUACUUACUAUAUUCCAAGGAACUUCAACUUUUAGCAUUUCAAUUAUUGAACUAUAGUUCCCAGCAUUCCCCAACAGAUGCUGGAUAUUGGAGUGGAUCAGCUGAAGGGUUGCAGGGUGGCCAUUGUAAUAUCCUGGCCCAGAGGUCCUCAUUUCUAGUGGUACCAAAGCAGUUACAUAUGUGGUAACCUCCUUAAUAAGUUAAACUUUUGGCACAAUUGGUAUUUGUCUCUAGCAUGGAAAUAAUUAACAAUCAUAUAUUCUAAUAAAAUUACAAUAUACAGAAUGUGCCACUUUUCUAUGGAGCAAUAGUUGCCUGCAGGUCCAUUUCCGCAUGGAAAUACCCAAAGACUAAGGUAUCCUGCCUCAGAGACAAUUGUUAUCUGCAGAUUUACCAGCAUUUGUAGUUAAGGAACUAUGCACUUUUCCUGUGGCUGCAGAAUGAUUUGUAUUCUCUAUAAUAAGAAUAUUAAGGCAAACAAUCCAUCUUGUAGUAAACCUACGAGUGAUCAGUAUAGAACCUGCCUAUAUCCCCAUGAUAUCUGUAUUCCUUAGAGAAACAUGGGUUUUCAUACAUGUAUUGUAUAUAUGUAACAUGCUUGCACUGUAUUUCAAAGCCUUUGCCUUAUAUUACUAUUUUUGUACUCUUUUUGAAAAGAAUUUUGUAUAACAUUUUGUCCAUAAUGUGUUUAUGUUAAUUAUUAUUAAAUGCUAAGCUGCUCUUUAUGUCUUUACUUUCAUUUCAGUUCUAUCUGAUUAAAUAUAUAUGUGUUUUAUUUA